UUCAAGAAAAAAUUAGCGUUUGACAUAGAAAAUGUCGAAAACAAUGUGGCAAAUUCAGAAAAUGAAAAAAAUAGCAGAAAAUCAGUGAAGCGAAGUAACUGUCCUAAUGAUAAAUCGGAAAGCGGAUCUAAAGAUAUUUCAGAUGCGGAAAUUACUGAUAGAAAGUUACUUUUAGAAAACCUGGUUGCCAGAUCUGGUACGCCAACUUUUAUAUGUACUCCAAUACUUGAUGAAAACACAUCAAAUGAUAUUUUAUUUCAUUCGAUUAUUAAUGAUUCCGGUCUGAAUGAAGAAAUGAGCAAUGAUGAAUCUAUAACUAAUUUAAAGAAUAAGUUAAAACGUCGUGGAAUUUGUUCAGUGAGUGAUCUCGGUCUAAAACCAGUUGAUUCUGAUGAAAAUGAUAUCUUUAUUGAAGAUAUUGACAAAAUUUGUGAUCUAUCUGUGAGCAAAAGACGAGGUAUAUGUUCGUCUGUAGAAUUAGAACUGUAUAACAAAAUACAAUUAGACAAUAAUAUUAAUAAAGUAGAUACCGCAGUAGAUUUACAGAAAAAGAGAAAGCCUAUUUAUGUUACGUUUGAUAAUAAUGAUAUAGAAAUAAUAUCAAUUAACAAUGUGCCUUUAGACAGUAGGUUUGAAUUCGUUGAUGAAAACUGUGAAGUGGAAAGUAAAAUAUCAGAUGAUAGUAAAUAUACAUUAAUUUUAAGUGCACCUAGUGAAAUUAUGUCUGCGCACGAUUAUGAAAAUGUUUGCGCUGUGAAUAUAGCCAGAGAAUUUUGGGGUUUACGAUCUUGGCGAGGAUAUUCAGAUAUUGAAACUUGGUUACAUGAUGAUAGCAUUGUAAGAGAUCAAGACAAUAUAACGAGUACUGUAGCAACAAGUACGUCUUCUGAAAUUAGUUCAAAUGACGCAUUUGAAAAUAUUUCUAUGAACACAGAAAAUAUGUGUGUUCUUUUAGAUAACAGUAAACCAAUUGAUAUGAGUAAAAUUAAUCAUAAGCGUUUUAAGAGUUCUGACUGUAAGGAAGAUUUAUUCAACAUUAAACCUUAUAUAAUUGAUCAAAAUGGUGGUUUUCUACCAGCAGCUACGUUGUCGCCUAUAAAAGAAGAAUUAGAAGAAAGUCCAGAGAAAAAUGAGAGCGGUAGUACUCUUGUUACGACCAUAGACGUUAUUCGCAAGAACACCGAUAUCAAUUCUCCAAGAUAUAUUUAUCAUAGGACUGAAAAUAUUCUUGAAUCUCCUACCAGCAAUAAAUCUAUCUAUAAACCAAGAUCUCUUUGGCCUACCGACAACAUUACAAAUUCGUUGCCGAAAUCCACUAAACCUAUUUAUGAAAAUAAUUCCAUUGUUAGAAACAAAUUAAUCACCAAUUCAAAAAUAUUAAUGAACCUCUGUGAUAACGAGCUGAAAAACUGUGAUAACUUCACAAAUAUUAUGUAUCUAGAUAAACCAAUUAUAUCAUCUUCACUACAGUCUCUUGUAUCAAGUUCUUCCAGUGAGGAUAUAUUAUCUAUAUCAGAAAUUGCUAGAUGUUUUCCUUUAGUAAAGAAACAUACGGGUAGACCAAGAAGGAAAUUCUCUUUAAUAAGAGAUAGAUUUGAAAUGUCCCUGAGAAAACAAGUUGAUUUUCAUAAUGAUUUGAAAAAGUCAAAAUAUGGGGAAAAUGAUAUUAAUGUGCCUAAUAUGUAAAUAAAUUUGUUAGAGACUCAUAUUUGUAUACAAAUAAAAUUGAAUAUAAGUUUUAAAU